AGAUUUUUAUCCUAAUACCUUACACUUCAAAACUCCCGAAGACAUUCGAUCCACUGGACGCAAUUCAAACGAUUGAAAUAUGCCUUUUAUCGCAUUAUUCAGUGAAAAUGGAAAACAUGCAAAGCUGCUUAUUAGUUCAUUGCUUUUCGUUGUAAGCAUCACUUUGAUACGAGCAGGAUCAGAUUGUUUAUCAUUUGAAGAGGUUUAUCCGUGUUUUUGCACAAACUACGAAGACAACUCAACAGUAGUCACGUGUCCAAACAUCGAUGAUUCUUUAGAAUUGUCAAAAGUUACUCAAAGUUUAAAAAGUCUUCUAAUUGAUCGUUUUGUGUUGCUAAAUGUUUUUCUGGAAGAAAAAGAUGAAGUUAUACCAUUAUUAAAAGACCAGAAGUUCAAAAUCACAUCUCGUGGAAUGUUCCCUAAAAAAUGGUUAUCAGAACUACGAGUUAGAAACAUCGAAAUACAAAAUGGUAAUUUAAAUGGUUAUUUUUUAGUGGAAGACGCUUUAGAAGGCCAAGCAGAUUUCUUAACUAGUGUUAUUGUCAAGAGUUCAAACCUAAGUGGUCGUUUGUGCUCUGGUUGUCUUCCUAAGUCUGGAACAAUAUCUACAUCUACAAUAGAACUACGACGAACACCGCUUUUAAAACUAAUAGAUUUUUCUUACAAUAAUAUCGAUCUAGCAGAGAGUGCUUCGUUUCCAGCAACGUUAAGAAGUCUGGAUACUUUAAUUUUAUCAAAUAAUCAAAUUAAUAAAAUACAAGAUUACGCGUUUUCAAAUCUUCCUCAAUUACAGCGAGUGGAUCUUUCCAAAAAUGUUUUAACUACAAUAAGCAGAAAGAUUUUCAUAAUGGCUGAUUCUAAGCUGGAAAUCCUGGAUUUAAGCUUUAACUCCAUAAGUUCGCUUCCAGCGGAUUUCUUCCAAGGAAUGAAUGCCUUAAAAGAAGUUAGACUUAAUGACAAUCUCUUAGAGACUUUACCAUCAUCUACAUGGUCUAAAAUACCAUUGUCUGUAGAAAGAGUCGACCUUGGAGGAAACUUUUUGGUUUGCAACUGCUCUAUGAGUUGGAUAACUAGACAAAACCUCUAUGUAAAUAUGGAAUUCCUAGCGAGUUGUGUAUAUCCAAAAAUAGUUGAAUUUCAACAGUUAACUCCUUCGUUAAUAUCUUUUACAAAUUGCAAUGUAAGGGUGUGAAAUAAAGCUAUCAAUGUCCUUUUACUGCCAAUAAAUAUUAAAAGCUAUUUUGCAUA